AUGUCUGCUACCUCCACUGCUACUUCCACCACUGCCUCUCAAUUGCACUUGAACUCCACCCCAGUUACUCACUGCUUGUCUGACAUCGUUAAGAAGGAGGACUGGUCUGACUUUAAGUUUGCUCCCAUCCGCGAAUCCACCGUCUCUCGUGCUAUGACUUCUCGUUAUUUUAAGGACCUUGACAAGUUUGCCGUUUCUGACGUUAUUAUUGUCGGUGCCGGCUCUUCAGGUUUAUCCGCUGCCUACGUCAUCGCCAAGAACAGGCCAGACUUAAAGGUAUGUAUUAUCGAAAGUUCAGUUGCACCAGGUGGUGGUAGUUGGUUAGGUGGCCAAUUGUUCAGUGCCAUGGUUAUGAGAAAACCAGCUCAUUUGUUCUUACAAGAGUUGGAAAUUCCUUACGAAGAUGAAGGUGACUAUGUUGUCGUUAAACACGCUGCUUUGUUCAUCUCUACUGUCCUUUCAAAGGUUUUGCAACUACCAAAUGUUAAAUUAUUCAACGCCACCUGUGUUGAAGAUUUGGUUACCAGACCACCUACCCAAAAGGGCGAGGUCACCGUUGCAGGUGUUGUCACCAACUGGACAUUAGUUACUCAAGCUCAUGGUACCCAAUGUUGCAUGGACCCUAACGUUAUUGAAUUGGCUGGUUACAAAAAUGACGGUACUCGUGAUUUGAGCCAAAAACAUGGUGUCAUUUUAUCCACUACUGGUCACGAUGGUCCAUUUGGCGCUUUCUGUGCUAAGAGAAUUGUUGACAUUGAUCAAAACCAAAAAUUGGGUGGUAUGAAGGGUCUAGACAUGAAUCAUGCCGAACACGACGUUGUUAUUCACUCUGGUGCAUACUCUGGUGUUGACAACAUGUACUUUGCUGGUAUGGAGGUUGCUGAACUAGAUGGAUUAAACCGUAUGGGUCCAACUUUCGGCGCUAUGGCUUUGAGUGGUGUUCACGCUGCUGAACAAAUCUUGAAACACUUUGCUGCUUAG